GAUGCUUUUUCCUUCUGGAGAGGUAGACUGGCUCUGAUGCGGCCGCAGGCUGCUGGCACCGGAGCGGGGCUGGGGAAUGGGGCUCCAAUCUGCACCCUAUCAGUAACUCAAUCUCCCAUCUUGCAGCCCUGAUGAGGCCUGAGUCCUGUGGUCCCAUGACUGCUGGCACCAAGCACCACCCAGUGAGCAAAGAGUCCAGUGGAUGGGUCUGAAAGGCUGAGUUGGCUUCUUCCCGCGUGGGGGAUCCUUCUGGACUACAGCAGGGCCAUGGGCCCCUGGGGCUCUAAGAUCACCAUUGAGGUCGCCCUUGGCUGACGUGAGCUGAGGAGUGUAACAACCCAGGGGCGUCUGGCCCUGCACUGUCCCCUAAAGAGAUGGAGCUGCUCCUGGCUGUGAAGAUCGGCUGCCUGGUGGGGCUGCUUCUCCUCACGCUGUUCUGCGGCCUCGUCCCGGCUCAGGUGAAAUGGUUCCAGAUCCACGCAGCCACAGGAAGACACCGACGCAUCCUGAACUUCAUUGGCUGCUUUGCAGCUGGGGUCUUCCUGGGUGCCUGCCUCAUGCACAUGGUAGCUGAUGCACUGGAGGAUAUCAAGGAGGAGCUGGAGAAGCGGAUGCAGCAGGUUAGUCCUAGCCAGAACGUCACAGGGAGCGCAAACAGUUCGUCUGGGGCUGAUGAUGGCAAAGCUGAGCUGGAUUACCCUUUUGGGGAGCUCGUCAUCUCCUGUGGCUUCUUCCUGGUCUUUCUGAUCGAGAGCCUGGUGGUUCACUGCUGCCCUUCAGCCACUCAUUCCCAUGGAGCUGCAGCAUCCGACAAAGACCCCAAGGACAGCGCCCUAUCACCCAGCUCCUUCCGGGCCCUGGUGCUCUUCGUCUCGCUCUCCUUCCACUCUGUUUUCGAGGGGCUGGCUGUUGGGGUGCAGCGGGACAAAACAGAAGUGCUGCAGCUCUGUGGAGCUGUUCUGGUCCACAAGGCCAUCGUGGUCUUCAGCCUGGCCCUCAAGCUAGUGCAGAGCGGCACUCGGGCCCGCUGGAGGCUGGUCUACUUGGUGCUUUUUGCCCUUAUGUCCCCUGCUGGCAUUGCUGUGGGCAUUGGGGUCUCGUUUUCUGGGGGGGAUGCCAGCAGCCUGGCCAGGGCUGUACUGGAGGGGGUGGCAGCUGGGAUCUAUGCUCCGCUGGCCAAAUUCUUCUUCAUUGGCAUUGGCUUCACAUUCAUGGCUGUCAUUGCCAUAUGGGCCUGAUGAUGGGGGAAGGCCAAGAAAUGGGAUGGGGGGCCUUUCCUCCUGGCAGG